GGCAGCUUUCUUAAGUGUCAAGUGACGCCAAAAUUGGGUUAUAUUAGAAACUUGGAUCAGAAACCCGAAAACCCGAACUCUGUUUGGAGCGGAGACAGUUUUCGUGCACCUGAAAACCCUAGGCCCUCGGUGCCUCGUCUCUCUAAAUCGUCGUCCACUUCCUCCGCCUCAACUCUCUCUCUCUCCCUCUCUCUCUCCACUACGGAGAAACCAUGAGAAAGCUCAAGUUCCAUGAGAAGAAGCUUUUGAAGAAGGUUAAUUUCCUAGAAUGGAAGAGAGAAGGGGGUCACAGAGAAGCUCAUGUUAUGCAUCGUUAUCACGUCACUGGGAGGGAUGAUUAUAAAAAGUAUUCGAGCGUGUGCCGGAUGGCGCAGAAGCUUGUGAACAUCUUGAAGCAAAUGGGCCCAAGAGAUCCCUUUCGGAUUGAGAUGACCGAUUUGCUCCUUGAAAAACUGUACAAUAUUGGUGUGAUACCAACCAGAAAAAGCUUGGCUUUGUGUGAUCACUUAUCAGUGUCAUCCUUUUGUCGGCGGCGGCUGUCGACUGUUUUGGUUAGGUUGAAGUUUGCUGAGCAUUUGAAAGAAGCUAUCACGUACAUCGAGCAAGGGCACAUCAGAGUUGGCCCAGAAACAGUAACUGACCCAGCAUUUCUUGUUACAAGGAAUUUGGAAGAUUUUAUCACCUGGGUUGAUUCAUCCAAGAUAAAGAGAAAGGUGCUGGAAUACAAUGAGAAGUUGGAUGAUUAUGAUGUAAUGAAUUGAAGGGGAACAUUUUUAAUUAUUACAACAUAAAUUUUUUGUUGAUUUUCCUCCUUGCUAGAGAAAAUUUAUUUUCAUUUGAAUGUAUUGGGGCACCUCCAAGAGCAGUUGUAUUCCUGUCGUUCAUUGAUCUUCUAUCUUGGGCCACAGUGGCGUACGAACCUAACUGGUGAUAACAAUUGGAAGCUAAAUCAGUAGCCAUGGUAAGAAAUUGAAUGAAUUAUGUAGUUGUGAGCCCAAUAUACCACAGUUUGCCCAUGCACUUCUAAUAUUUGAUUGUCUUCCUUUAAAA